UUGCAACUGGACUGUGACCUCUGCGCCAUAGUGUCAAACUCAGGUCAGAUGGUUGGCCAGAAGGUGGGGAAUGAGAUAGAUCAGUCAUCCUGCAUUUGGAGAAUGAACAAUGCCCCAACCAAGGGCUAUGAAGAAGAUGUUGGCCGCAUGACAAUGAUUCGAGUUGUGUCCCAUACCAGUGUUCCUCUUUUGCUAAAAAACCCUGAUUAUUUCUUCAAGGAAGCAAACACUACUAUCUACGUUAUUUGGGGUCCUUUCCGCAAUAUGAGGAAAGACGGCAAUGGCAUUGUUUACAACAUGUUGAAAAAGACUGUUGACAUCUACCCGACUGCCCAAAUUUAUGUGACCACAGAGAAGCGCAUGAGUUACUGUGAUGGCAUUUUUAAGAAGGAAACUGGGAAAGACAGGUGA